AUGUUAAGCAUAAACCAACAAACCAGACGUGUUGGUUCCACAAGUGGUCGUCAAUACAUUAAUCGUGAGAGGGUCAAAGGCGACGAACAAAUUUAUAGAGAUUAUUUUGCAGAUAAUCCUGUCUAUCCAGAAGAAUACUUCCGAAGACGUUUUCGAAUGAGGCGGUCAUUGUUCGUUAGUAUCUUACACGAUAUUCAACAAGUGAAUGAGUACUUCAUCCAAACCCGUGAUGCCACUAGUGCUCCUGGAUUAUCCAGUGUACAGAAGAUGACUGCAGCACUUCGGAUUCUCCAAUAUGGUGUGCCUGCUGAUGCUGUAGACGAGUACAGUAGAAUCAGUGAAAGUACUGCAAUUGCUGCCUUAAAUUUUUUUACCAGAUCAAUUGUUGCUACCUAUGAAGCCGUUUACUUAAGAUCUCCAAAUGAAGCAGAUGUCGCCAGAUUAUUGCAAGAGGGAGAGCAACGCGGUUUCCUAGAAUGUUAG